AUGGGAUUUGCCAGCAACGUAGGGAAGUACCAGCUCGGGCGAACGAUUGGAGAAGGUACUUUCGCCAAGGUGAAGCUGGCACUCGACAGCACCAAUGGCAAGUAUGUUGCAAUCAAGAUCCUGGAUAAGCAUAUGGUCAUGCAAACCAAUCUCAAGAAUCAGGUCCAGAGAGAAAUUAGAACAAUGAAGCUUCUCAACCACUCCAACAUUGUUCGCAUUCACGAGGUCAUAGGAACAAAGACAAAAAUUUACAUAGUUAUGGAACAUGUAUCUGGAGGUCAACUCGCAGACAAGAUGUUGUAUGCCAAAAGAUUUAGUGAAGGGGAGGCAAGAAAGCUGUUUCAGCAAUUGAUUGAUGCAAUGGACUACUGUCACAACAGAGGUGUCUAUCACAGAGAUCUAAAGCCUGAAAACUUGCUUCUAGCCAGUAAUGGAACGCUGAAGAUGUCCGAUUUUGGACUCAGCGCACUGCGUAAGCCUGGUGACCUUUUGUCAACAAAAUGUGGCUCUCCAAGUUAUGUAGCUCCCGAGCUGAUCCUGAGUAAGGUGUACGAUGGAGCAGCUGCAGAUGUUUGGUCUUCUGGAGUGAUUCUUUUCGAAUUAUUAGCUGGUCAUCUACCAUUUGAUGAAUCUAGCCUGAUGAGCUUAUACAAAAAGAUAUCCAGAGCAGAAUACACAUUUCCGCAGUGGUUUACACAAGACCAGAAGAAGCUCAUCUCCAGAAUACUUGAUCCAAAUCCUAGAACGCGGAUAACAAUACCAGAGAUUAUCGAAAAUGAAUGGUUUCAACAAGAUUAUGUGCCCACAUAUGGAAAUGAUAGUGACGAAAAAAUCUACCUUGAUGAUGUUAAUGCCGCAUUUGAUUCAAUUGAGGAGAAUGUGGCGGAGACAAAAAUUCCAAAAUCCUCAAGUUUUAUAAAUGCAUUCCAAUUGAUAGCCAUGUCAAAUGAUCUCGAUCUGUCAGGUCUUUUCGAGGAACAGGAUGAGAACAAGCAUAAAACAAGGAUUGGAUCCAAGCAUACCAUUACUGAAACCAUGAAGAAAAUAGAAGCUGCUGCAACGGAUGCGAGCCUUUCAGUAGCAAGAACAAACAACUUCAGGAUGAAAAUGCAUGCAAAACAGAUUAUGACUAGAUGCUGUAGAUCAUACAUUGACAUAUCAGCAGAGGUGAUUGAAGUUGCUCCCACGAAUUGUGUCGUUGAAAUAUCAAGAUCUGCAGGGGAGCUUAGACUGUACAAAGAAUUCUGUAAAAGUUUAUCAAGUCAGCUGACAGACAAAGCCGCUGCUUCAUCACCGAAGCAAGAAUCUGAGGCUGUCAACACCGAUAGAGAAAGUAUCGAAGAAAAAGAACGCUCUGAGGAGACGAAUUCCAGAACAAUCAAAGACUACCGCGGUUAUUCAUCGUCUUGA